AUGGUUGAUUCAACCUUGGUUUCUACUGAUGCUUCGACAAAAGGUGUUCCUAAUGAUUAUGCAGGACAGAACACCUUGGAGCAGGUUCAGUCGUUUUUAGCUCAGUUGAUAUCUCAGCAAAAGGGUCAAAGACCCUCUUCCAUGGAAUCAAAUCUUGCUCUGCCUACCCCCACCAUCUUCAAGUAUUUUUAUUUCUCAUCUUGUUUUUGCAACAUCACACGAUAUGUCACGGGGAAUGAGUAUAUGAAGGAGAUUUUUGCUGUAGGAUGGAAGAUUCAACAGGUUAUGGAUUGUGAUGAUCCAUUUAAACGAUCUAUGGCUGAGAGGAUGAAAAAGAAAUUUGACAAAUAUUGGUUGUCAGAUGACAUCAAUGUGAUCAUUUUCAUCGCAACUGUGCUUGAUCCACGAUUUAAGUUGACAUAUGUCAAUUUUAUGAUUAAGGAGAUCUACAAUGAUGAAGAUAAGGCGACGUCUAGUAGUCAAGUGGACUCAGAAGUGACAUCAAGUGGGACUAGUUCUGAAUUGGCAAAGCGUACAUCAGAUGCUUAUUUGCUUAAGAUGUUUAGGAACUAUAGAGACACUGGGCACACCUCCAAAAAGAAUGAGUUAGAAGCCUAUUUGGAGGAUGUUCCCGAGAAUGAAGAGAACAAAGAUUUGGAUAUUCUUUAUUGGUGGAAAAAUACCGGUUCCAAAUAUCCCAUUCUUUCUGAUAUGGCAAGAGAUGUGUUGGCUAUACCG